AUGGUAGAUGAUGGAUCCGGGGCGCGAGGGUUAGCAUCACCGCGCGCUUGUCCCGGCUUCUGUGGUCGAACUGCAUCAAGCGCUGUGUUUGGUAACACUACAUACUCAUCUUGUCAGGUAGAGAGGAAGCAAGAGGAACUAGAUGCAUUAACCGUGGAAGCGGGUCUGGAGGCCUGUAGUUGGGGUAGUCGAAGUUGGGGAAGUAGUACGUUGUGCACAGUUUGUUUUGAACCGUUACCAUUGUACGACUGGCUCUAUCUGCUGUUCGUUGCAAUUGUUCCGCUGCUACUACAUUCGCUUUUUAUUUACAUCUACACUUCAAAAAACUGUUUCCGAAGAUUGCAGUUUAUUCAUUACUUAUGUUCGUUUUUCGAGUGUUUCCUCUCAAGUGUGUUCUCUUUGCUAGUAGUGCCUCCGAAGGGGUCUCUUUUACUUUAUGGUUGCCCAAAGUGGUCCUUAAGGGAAUGGUACCCGGUGUUUUAUAAUCCUGUCGUUAAUCAUACUUAUACACUAAGAUGCGCUCAUGAAAUUGUCUUUCCAUUGUAA